AUGAAUCGUGCCACGCAUGCUGGCUUCUGUGCUUUCGACGAGCGCAACGCUGGCGGUAGAUUCCAGACACAAGCAGAGCUUCGACGCUUUCAACACGUGGUAGCGUACACACAUGCAGGAAUUGACUGCGGUGGAAAAGUUGAUGAACUUCAGAGUGGUAGUCCAACAACGCCGCGAAGUGAUACACUGAGCACGUUUACUAGACGGAUGCGCGAAGAACGUGCCGCACACGAAGCUCGGAUUGCCAACAUGAAUCGUCGGAUAACCGAUUACCAUAACAAAGAAAGCGAUCGACUCCACGCUACCACCGCGAGUACUAAUUUCCCUGCCAUGCAUCCGAAGACGCAAAGGAUCUCACCUGGUACAACGAUUCGGAUUCGUGAUCCUAAGCCUCCAAACGUUCUUGUAAUGGGGAGACGAUCAACUGCCGAAACACCUCGAGGCGAGCAUGAUACGAUGCCUUGGAAGUCCACAGCAAGGUUGAAUUUUUCAAACCAAGAUGCUCGCGAUCUUUAUUGCGAAGCGCUCUUGCAGUACAUUUGUCAGCAGAGAGAAGAUGCCACACGAAAUUCGUCUCCGGGAAGUGAUUUAGACGCAGCGCCACUAUGUGCCACCCCACUCCCAGUCGGUUGGGAAGAGAAGACCGACGCCAAAGGAAGGAUAUUCUAUAUCGACCACAUUAACCGGGUCACAACCUGGGACGACCCGCGCAAGAGCAAUCAACCCUAG